CUGAAAAACUCCAUCAAUACUUGCGAUAAUUCAUCGUCGCAUUGUCGAUAGCUACCUAAAAAAAAGGUCACAGCUUCUGCCAAGGCUGACGAUAAUAUGGAGCAGGAUACAGACACCGUUCGUCAGUAUAUUGAGGAACAGGCCAUAAAAUUCCGUACUUUUACAGGAAUCCAGAGACCACCCCCAAAUGCCGUCUUCAUUCUAGUGAUGGGAAUGACAGGCUCGGGGAAGAGUUCCUUCGUCGCUUCGUGUACCGGGAAAAGAGUGACGGUGGGGCAUGGAUUGCAGUCAUGUACUUUUGAUAUCGACAUAUUCGACUUUGAGUUUGAGGGUCGUCAGAUUUUCCUGAUCGAUACACCUGGCUUCAACGAUACCAACAAGUCAGAUGCAGAGACGCUGGCCACCGUGUCCGCUUACCUGGGCACCUCGUAUGCGCAAAACGUAUUCAUUCAUGGAAUUCUCUAUCUCCAUCGCAUCAGUGACAAUAGAGUGAGCGGCUCAGCCAAACGCAACUUUGGAAUGUUCAAAGCGCUAUGCGGCGAGGCGUCGUAUGGGAACGUGAGCCUCGUCACGACCAUGUGGACAGAUGCAGGCAGAGAAGACCAGCUGCGACGAGAGGCUGAACUGCGUCGAGACCCAAAUUUCUUUGGGUCAAUCAUUGCCGGGGGAGCGAGCCUGCUCCGACAUGGGGAACGCGGCACCGACCUGCAGCAGCUUCGAGAUUCUGCCCUCAGCAUCGUCAGGCAGUUAAUAGUUCAAUGCCGCCCUGGCCCGGUUGUUCUUCUGAUACAACACGAGCUUGUAGAGGAGAAGAAAGUCCUUGACGACACCUCGGCGGGCAUCAUUGUGCAGAGUGAUCUUCAUCGCGCAUUCGCAGACUAUAGAAAAGAGCUGUCAAACCUGCGGCAAGAGAUGAACAGGACAGCUCAAAGUCGCAAGUCUUUCGCAUCGGGGGAAGCCCAAGAGAUGGCAGAACUCAAGGCCGAGUUCAGGCAAAAGCUGGGCGCAGUCGAGCGCGAACGCAAUGUUCUUGCCUCCGACUUGGCACGGCUGCAGCAGCGAGAAAAAGAAACCCUGCUGUCAAAACUGGAAGCGACUGAGCAAAGAUUCCAGUCCGAGCUAGAGAGACAAGAAGGACAUCUGCGGGAGCUACAGAGAUCUCUGCAAAAGGCAGAGGAGGAUUCCACUGGCGACAACACUGUCCAACAGACAGUGACUCGUUCCAAGCUGCAAAAAGAGGUUGUAAAUGCAGGGAAGAAGGUUGUCAGAGAAAGGCAAAAGGUUCGCAGGCUCAAAACUACCGUCGAUGGUGUGAAAGAGGGUAUCCUGGAUGGCUUUUCGACAAGCCUGUCGUCAGCCAUUGUCGCUGGAGUUGGCACAGCAGUAGUGGCAUUAGCAUGUGUAGUGAUGUAGCCGGGGGAGAAGCCAAAGGUACCUGCGUUCGGGUUUUGCAGGUCUUGGAUUUUUGUUCGUGGAAGAGGUGACAAACGGAAGAUCUACUCUGGCGGGGAGGAAAGAUCAAUGCCAACCUACACAAACGAAGCUGUACUUGGUGGGCUGAGUGCUGCGCAGCGGAGCAAUAGGUAGUCUGACAUCGGGAGAUUCAUCUCUGAUGACACUCGCCUCGACGCAAACCAAACUUUUAUUUUCGGAAUACCAUGGGUGCCGUCAACCGCAGGCUCUGUAUGGGAAAUCUUUCCCUCAAAUUCGGACCGGCCGAGGCAGGUAUCUACCCACUUACCUAUUUUGGUGGCAUGAAGAGAGGAGGAAGGCGCAUCCUUUCUGUGCAGCUGGGCUCCAUUUAAACGCUGUGACUUUAAUGUGGGGUAACUACCUUAGGUACCUACCUACCUACCUAGGCAGAUGCCCAAGUAGGUAACUUACCCAAGUUGGAAAUGAUGAAAAACAGAUCCAUGAAGCAGCA